GUCAAAGCAGAUCGGUUCGGAGGAUCGCGCCGCAUCGCCGAUGCAUCGCCGAUGCGGCUCGAUGUGGGGCCCGGGUGUCUCUACGCCGUCGGCGCGCGAUGCGCCGCGAUGCUCGGACCCCAUCCACUCGAACCCCACAUUUGAAGCCUCUAGGUGGAUAACACCGCGGUGUACAUGGCGACCAGCCACUUGUCGGGCGUCAAGCUCAUGGUUCUCAAAGAGCUGGCUCGUGUGAGCCCGUAUCAUAUCGUGGUCGGGUACGACGUGAAGGCGAAGGUCACCAUGGCGUCCGUCCCCGCGAACGUCGAGGGCAUGCUCCGGAUGUCUGGGGGGGACGCUCGGGAGAUCACGAUCGUGCCCGCUUCGAUGCCCGCCAUGGUGGAGAAGUACGGCGACAAGAUAUCGAACUAUUCGGGCGUCUACCAGGACAAUCCGGCGAAGAUAGCGGUGAUGGACUGGUUCGCGUCCUCGAACUACGAUUACUUGUGGCACGUGGAGGACGACACGUGGGCCCGUGGGUUUGACAGGCUCGCCCUGGAGGUGGCCUCGCGUGAGACGGACCUGAUCAUCAAGAACGCAACGUUCCUUCCCUUCUGGGCCGACGCCAGCAGCUCCUGGCGUGUCGGCGAUCGGGCCAAGCUGCCGACCGGGAGCUUCGUGCACUGCCUCCCCGCUCUGUUCCGCAUGAGCAAGCGAUUUGCACAGUCCGUGCUGCGGGAAAUCCUGGAUUCGGAGAAAACGAAUCAUCACGAGGUUUGGUGGCCGCACGUCGUCCAGAAGGCCAACCUCUCUUGGGAGCCUCUGCCAUUCGCCGACAACUUGCACUUCAACGUGGCGCACGACUCGGCACACAAUGAGUCGCCGCUGUGCAUGGAGGAUCUUCGCAUGAACGAGAGCCUAUGGCUGGUCCAUCCUAUAAAAUGCAUCCAUCACGGUUUGCGUGGUGAAUGA